CGAGCGCUCAGCAAAAGCUCUCCAACAACGCAUGUUUCACCCUGUGAAGCCAUGCGUCGCUCCCUAUCCUCAAAUGCAUCUUUGGAGCCAUGUGAAAGCGAGGCCAAACUGCUGAAACUCCUGCAGAAUCGGCGAUCGAAAUCGCAGCUCACACCUAGCAAUGGCUCAGUUGGGGGCAAUUCUGUCAGAUCGGCGCAGAGCAGACUUUCAGGCAUCUCUCGACAAAGCCCCAGUCCUGCCACUGGAGUCAGCGCCGCUUUCUUAGUGUCCUCUCUGGUGGAUUCCAGGUCAGGGCCCGAAGCUACGCGAGCGGUGGCCGCCACACUGCGGCAGAGAGGUGUGAGCACCCAGGACUUUGAGUCAGAGGUGCAUCCACUGACGGGUGGCCGCGUAGCGGGGCCAUGCCGCACCCAUGUGGCACACGCUUGGGAUGCCAGCUAUGAGGAGCUGAUUGACUGCAUUGUGCGUGAUGCCGGGUCAGACCUGGACCGUCGAUACAGCCUUGAUGUGUUCGGAGCAGAGCACCUGGAAGAGGCAAAGACAGAUCCAGUGGCAGCGGUUCAGGCCCUCAUUUUGGGAGUCCAAGAGGUCCUCUUGGUUCUGGAUAAAGAUGGCCUUUGCCUUUCGCGUUUGUGGGUUUUGGCCGAGGCCAUGAUGGCUAUCUCAAAGCUUCGGGUGUCCAGUGCAGUUCACUUCAGCGGUUCCGAGGCAGAGCUUCUCAAAUGGGAAGCCUGCAUCGAUGCCGUGGAUUGGGCCGUGGCAACUUCCCGGAAGGCCGAUGAGCGGCGGCUGCGAACCUUCGCCGAACGAGUGUGGGACAUGGGCAUCGGCACCGACAGACUGGUGACGCAGCUCAAAGUCCUGCUCAGAAAGGAGGUCUAUGGUCAAAUUCUCCUUAAGGCAGUGGAGCAAGGCGAUGUGGGAGCCAUCGAAGCUGCGCUGCAACGAGGCGCCCCCUUAGAGCAGCGAGAUGUCGACGGAAACACUCUUGAAGACCUGGCAUGCUUCUACAAUCACCCAGAAAUCGAAGAGAUGCUCUUCCAAAGGCGAAUGCAAGGAAUGGCACACAGGCCAUUGUCAAUGUUCUUCAAGGCUGAAGACUUGUUGGAAGAAUGUGGCAGGGCACAUCCAGAAGUGCUGAUGCCCUUCCUGACCCAACCAAUCGACGGAACAGAACCGUCCGAUGACGAAAGUGAUGAAGAAGCCUGGCAGUUGCUAGCUUCCUUGCAGCAUCCCUUCGGACAGUCGCCAGUCGCUGUUUCCUGAAUCUUCCCAUGGCUGGCCGCUGUGGCCGCUUGUUAUUGCCAACAGGUCUCAUUCCACGUUUGUUUGAUCUAUUCGCUUUCGGUCUCCGAGACCAAGAGAGAAUUCGGC